AAUCCCCUUUUCUCUUCUUCUCUCAAUCUAAAUCUCUUUCUUCUCUUCUCUGUUCUGCUCUGUUUUCAGAACAAACACUAAUGGGUACCUUGAUAGGCCAUGUAGCUCCAGGUUUUGGGUUCCUUCUCAUUGGGUUAUGGCACCUCUUCAACCACACCAAGCUCUAUGCUCUCAAUCCAAACUCAUACACUGCUUCUCAAUGGUUUCCAUCAUCAAAACUAAGGUACUUAGAGCUCUACUUGAUCAUGGCAGGCACCUGGGCCUCCAUAGCCAUGGAGCUCGUCAUUGGCCCUGCUAAACACCAACCAUUUGACGAUGACGGAACCAUACCAUCAAACCAUCUCCAUAACUUCGAGCAUGCGACAAUAUCUUUGUCCUUCUUCCUCUACGCAACAUUCGCAAUCAUUCUCGAUCGACUCAAACCAAAAGCCCAUUAUGAGCUCCUGCAAUUGAUUGGAGCUUUCGCCUUCGGCCAACAGCUCCUUCUCUUCCACCUUCACUCGGCAGACCAUAUGGGCAUGGAGGGUCAAUACCAUUUGCUUCUGCAAGUCGUCAUUUUGGUCUCUUUGGUCACAACUCUCAUGGGGAUUCCCUACCCCAAGAACUUCUUGGUGGGCUUCAUCAGGUCUCUCAGUAUUUGCUUCCAAGGUGCUUGGUUUGUGCUCAUGGGGUUCGUUCUCUGGACUCCUGGGUUGAUCCCAAAAGGGUGUUUCUUGAACUUGGAAGAAGGUCACUUGGUGGUGAGAUGCAAGACUGAAGAGUACCUUUACAGAGCUAAAUCAUUAGUGAAUCUUCAGUUCAGUUGGUUCUUGGUCAUGUUUGUAGUGUUUGCCAUGGUUUUCUACCUGGCUAUGCUUAGAAUGUGUGCAGAGAAGGUGGAGUAUUGGUCUCUGGCUAUGGAAUAUGAAGAUGGAUCAGAAGACUUGGAAUCUCAGAAAAGGAAACACAGCACCAUAGAAGAAUCCAAGAGUUUCGUCUCUAUGGGAAAGGGCUCUACUGCUGCGGAAAUGGAGAGGUAGAAGAAGAAAAAAGGUGUAGGCAGUUGGAGAAGGGGUGAUUUGAUUAGGUAUGUGUCAAUUUGAUUGGGUGGAGUUCAUUUCAUUUCAUGUCUGUUAAAUUAUUAGGGAAACAGGAUAAGUGAUGGGUACUUGAGAGCUAAGACCU